AUGGGAAACUGUUGCUCGACGGAGGUCGGCGCUGUCGUCGCGCAGCGCUCGAGCGACAAGGACGAAGCGGGCGCAGUGCCGUACGCGGCCCUGCCGUCCAGUCCGCGCAAGUACGCGGUCACGGAGGACACGGAGCCGCACGGACACCUCGACGACGAGCCCGUGGCGCUGUCGCCCGCGUCGCUGUCGUCGCUUCCGUCCUCGUCGCUGAGUCCAGAAGUGGCAGAGCCGCCCGCGGCCGCCGACGCGUUCGUGCCGCCCCCGAGCGCGGGCAGCAAGAAGCUGCACCGGGAGAACACGCACCACGUCACGAUUGGCGACUACAAUCUGCGCUACUCGUACUACUCCAAGCGCGGGUACUACCCCGAUGCGAGAACGAAAGCCAACCAGGACAGCUACUACUGCGAGACGCACUUUGCCGGCGACGACCAAAAGGCAUUUUUCGCCGUCUUUGACGGUCACGGACAGUACGGCGACGUGUGCUCGCAGUUUGCCGCCGAGCAGCUGCCCGAGAACAUUAUCAAGAACUUGGACGAGCACGUGGGCAUCUUGCCGGCUCUCACGCGCGCGCAUGGCCAGACGAACCGCGCCAUGCACGAAGCGAGUUUCGACGACUCGAUGAGCGGCACGACGUCCAUCUCGGUGCUCUUUUGUGGCAACGAGAUCCACGUCUCGAACGUGGGCGACUCGAGGGCGAUCGUGGCGCAAGAGAACCUCAAGGCGUCGACGCGCAGGGGCGAGGCCAAUCUAGUGGCCAAGCCGCUGUCGAUCGACCAGACGCCGUUCCGUCAGGACGAGCGCGUCCGUGUGAAGAAGUGCGGUGCUCGGAUCUUGACGGUGGAUCAAGUGGAAGGGCUGGAGCCGAUUCACGAGAACUGGGGCUUAUCGCUUGGCGACGAGAUUGACGAGAACGGAGACCCGCCACGCAUUUGGCAUCCUUACGGCCAGUAUCCCGGCACUGCUUUUACACGUAGUAUCGGCGACUUGGUGUCGGAAGAGCUGGGCGUGACAGCUGAGCCGGAGAUUUUGUGCAAGGGGUUGAACCCGCACGACAAGUUUAUUGUCAUAGCGAGUGACGGUGUGUUUGAGUUCCUCACGAGCCAGAACGUCGUUGACAUUGUGAAGCAGUUUGAAAAUCCGUCGGAAGCAUGUCACGCGCUGGUCGAAGAAGCGUAUAACCGCUGGCUUCAGUUCGAAGUGCGAACGGAUGAUAUCACUGCGAUCUGUAUAUUCUUAGAUGGUGACGCACCAGCCAAAGAACGUGAUGGGCCUCGCGGAAGCAUUUACGUUGGUGGAGAGGUCUUGGAUCUACAGUCGAUGCAACGGCCAGUGCGCGGGAUUACAAAGAACCACGCACGCAGAAACACCAUCGUGGGAACAGAUGCGAUCCGUUUUUCGCUUGCGGGGGUCUUUCCAGAUGACGACGACGAAUCGGGAAAGUUGUCGAGUGUGGUUGAAAGCGAUGGGAAGUCGGACGAAGUCGAGGAAUGGAUCAAGAAGGCAGUUCACAGCAGUUUUCUUUUUAACCAUCUGGGCGACAGAAAGAUUCGCGAAGUCAUUUCUGUGCUAAAGAAGCUAGAAUACAACGCUGGCGACGUCGUGAUGCGCCAGGGAGUCCCGGGCAACACAUUCUACCUGGUGGAAACUGGUGAAUUUGAAGCUCGCCACCUGGAAGACGUUCCGUUGGAUCAUACAUCCCGAAACGGUUCCGGGCCGGAAGCGUUUGGCGAAGUUGUGCAAGUGUACAAGGCAACCGACGACUCUCACCCGACAUUUGGGGAGCUGGCACUUAUCUACCCAAAGCCCCGCGUCAACACGGUCGUUACGAAAACAAAGGGCACACUCUGGGCACUUGAUCGAAUUGCAUUUCGCUCCAUCUUGAUGCGUGGACGACCGCUGCACGAUGUGGUUCGACGGCUCCGCCAGAUCAACUUGUUUCGCUCGCUGACGGUUGCCCAGACCAAUUUGGUUGCCGAAGAGAUGCGCGCGGUUUUGUUCGAGCCAAACCAAGUCGUGCUUCACGAAGGAAUGACCGAGCCGGGCUUUUUCUUGAUCACUAGUGGUCGGAUCGAAUCAACCACCAAGAUCGAUAGAGCAGCACGUCUUGAGCUGAAGACAUUCGAUUACUUUGGCGAAAUGGCGCUGGUUCGAAGGCGAUCGAUCAGCAAACGUUCUGUUCGAGCGAUUGAACGUACAGAGUGCCUCUUCAUCAGAAAAGAUGCACUGGAACUGGCUGUUGGUAGGUUAUCUAUCGUUUUGGAAAAGGACAAGCUGCGUCGGGCACGCAAGGCGCGAAUUUCCGAGUCGAAGAAGGGAGAUAUGCCGACAUCAUUCGUUUGCUUUGACUACGAGACCAAGACGAUGAUGCCCAAGUCCAUUGACGACCUGGAGGUCGUUGGAAGUGUAAUGUCUGACAUGACCAAUACUGUCCGUCUGGUGGAAGUCAAAGGGUCGUCUCCACCAGUAUGCUUGACUCUGCGGUCGGCGAGUAAGCAGGGCAUUGUAGACGCCGGUAUGCAGAAGCAUGUAAGUGGCGAGCGCGACAUUUACGUGUCGCUCUACGAGAAGAACGUGCUGGUGCCACAGCUCUUCGGGAUGAAUGUGAAUGACUCGGACAUACAUAUGCUGUACGACACACAAAUCGUGGGUACCCUCGAGCGUUUCUUGGAUGGUGAGCCGCACGGAGAGUCUUUUGUGCGCUAUUAUGCUGCACAAGUUGUGCUGGUGCUUGAGUUCAUGCACAUGGAGGGCAUUGUCUCGCGAAUGGUCGACCCCACGAAUCUCAUGGUUGAUCGUAGCGGAAACCUCCGCAUGAUCGAUUUGAGACUCUCCAAGUACGUCGGUCGUGGACGAACCUACACUGUAUGUGGUACGCCCGAGUACCUGGCUCCGGAGCAAAUUACUGGGGAGGGUCACAACAUUGCUGCAGAUUACUGGGCGCUAGGCGUGCUCAUGUACGAGAUGCUAACGGGUGCGACUCCGUUUACGCGAGAGAAAGAAAACGAUUUAGAGAUCCUGAACGAUAUCGCGGCGUUCCAACCGGACCAGUUGUCGUGGCCUGAGCACACAAGUGCCGAGCUGAGGGAUAUCAUCGAGCAUUUGUUAAGCCCUGACCCUACGCAGCGUCUUGGGUACACGGUAUAUCGCGCUGGUGCGUGCGAGCCGAUUAAAAAGCACGCAUUCUUUGCUGGAACUGCAUGGGAGGCCACGAAGAUGGGCUCGUUCUCGGCACCACUUGAGCCGGAGGCUGCAUCCGAAUAUAAGCAGAUAGCAGCUAGCGGCAGCCAGGAAGACGUGAACAUUGGAAGCACAUACGCGGGCAACGUUGACUGGCUUGCCGGGUUCUAG